UUUACAUUGCCUCUGGGGUUCAGGAUCUAAAAUAGCUGCAAGCAAUACCUACCGAGAUUUUAGUUUACAAACUGAUUAAUACAUGUCUUCAAUUAUACAGGAUCAGUUUUCAACAGGUAUCUGUAUUACUGAUAAUGAGACAAAUUCGGAUACGGAUAAUUCAUUAACCGGUGGAAGUGGUUCUACCGGUGGUCUACAUUCAGAUUAUCAGCCGCCAUAUUUUCCUCCACCGUACUAUCCAUCUAUAACUACACCAAUGAUGAUGAUAACGACAACAACGGAGACAGCAACUAAUAGUUUAGGAACAAAUUUCUAUCAUAAUAGUGGACAAAACACAUCAUUUAUAAAUGGUUCAAAUAAUUAUUCUGGUAAUUUUUAUCAUCCGAAUUUGUGUCAUGAUUCAAAUAUAUUUAACCAACAUUUACACACUUCUCAACAUCAUCAUCACAAUCAACAACAACAACAGUCAAGAUUACAUACAAACGCAUCGAAUUUUCCAUUUUCUUCAUACUUUACCACAAAUCCAAAUUAUUAUUCAUCAGUAAAUUAUAUGAAUGGAUCUGUAUUAACUAAUGAAAAUUUAUCAUCACUGUCAUCAUCUUCAUCUGAUAUGAAUCAUACAAAUAAUAUGUUUACAAAUUAUCCAUUCAAUUAUUCGAUACAAAGUGGUAUUCAAACAUGUAACACAGCAACAAUAGCAGACCAGAUUGUAAACAUUCUUCCACGUUCUAAAUUAUCUGAAAUGGUUGAUCAUUUAACACAAAAUAACAAUAAUCACAGUGGAUGUAAUAAUAAUAGUAAUAAUAAUAAUAAUGGUGGUGGUGGUAAUUCCAAAACACUACAUUUAAAAAUCGAUGAUGAAAUACAUGACGUGGAAACUUCAGCUACCAGUUCACAGUCUUCUUUCAUAAAUCGUCCAAAUAUGCAUCACUGUUCACUUAUACCUGAAUAUGAAAUGGUAGAAAAAAAUUUUGGGCAAUCACAUCAUACAACAGAAUCAAACUAUCAACAAAGUGGAACUCCUUCAUCAAUUGAUACUACCGAAUCAUCUCCACACAAUUCAUCACAAUUUUUAUCUCCAGGAUCAAAUAAAGGAAAUUUUGAAAUAGGAUCUGAAAUUAACAGAAUGCAAAUGAGUAGUACAUCAACAACUGAUCCUAGUAGAAAUAUCUAUUCGUCUCCAGUAUCAUGUGGAAUGAAUACCAAUGAAUUAAAUUCAGAAGAUAAAGUAAGGAAUCAUGAAGAGGAGAAAAAUGCUUUAAGAACAUUUAAUUAUCCUGAUAUAAAUUCAUUAAAAAAUGUAUUCAAUAUGGGAAUUACUUCAGAAAUUCAAAACUUAACAGAAGGUUUAUUAAAUGAUCCUACAAAUGUUAUGCUACAAACAAACUUAACUCAAAAUUUAGAUCAAUCUAAUAAUUAUAUGUCACAUUCUCAAGGAGCAAGAUUUUCAACAAGUUUUAAUCCUGAAUGCACACAGAAUGUUAUUUAUCAACCAACUGCUUCAGUAAUACCUGAACAACCGUUUAGUCGUUUAUCUGGUGGGGGAAAUGGUGGGAAAAAUGGAUUUUGUAAAAGAGCAAUCAGAUAUAAAACAGCUUUAGAUGGACGAACUGAUUUUAUUCAUGCACCGAGCCCAUCCGAUAUAUUUUGUACCGUUCCUGGACGUCUAUCAUUACUCAGUUCAACUUCAAAAUAUAAAGUAACUGUUGCGGAAGUUCAAAGACGUCUGUCACCACCAGAAUGUUUGAAUGCUUCAUUACUUGGUGGUGUUUUACGCCGAGCAAAAUCUAAAAAUGGAGGAAGAUCAUUACGUGAUAAGUUGGACAAAAUUGGGUUAAAUUUACCAGCUGGACGACGAAAAGCGGCAACAGUUACUCUGUUAACUUCACUUGUUGAAGGUGAGGCUAUUAGAAUGGCUCGUGAUUUUAGUUAUUUAUGUGAAAAUGAGUUUCCACAUAGAAUAUGCGCUGAAUAUCUUUCACGUACUUUGAAUGGAUGUGAUUACAGUGACGUGCAAAAGAAACGAAAUCAAGUAAUCUCAACAAAACAAAUGUUGGGUGAAAUCACUGAUUUAUUAACAAAAGACAGAAGUCCACUUGCAGUGAAUCCACUUCCACCAAAUCGAACAACAAAUUGUCUUGAUGUUACUACACAAAAAUCAUUAACUCAUUUCAGUCAUAUAACACAUGGAUUUGGUGGUUUAACAUUAAUUAGUGCUUUAAAUACAUUUCAAACAAUUCUAUCAGAUUUACUUAAAAUUUUAAAUAAAGAUAGUCAAUCAAUUACUCAUUCUACAAAUAGUUCAACUAUAUAUACAGAUAGACAUACACCUGUAACUUCAAGUAUUUGUCAUCAGCAUCAACUACAACAAUUUUCAAAUAAUACUAUAUCUAAUACUUUAAAUGAAGCUCAAACAUUAUCUUCAUUAUCUUUGACAAUUAAUACAGAUCCAUUAAACAAUAAUAAUAAUAAUAAUAAUAAUAAUAAUAAUAUACAACGUAGAAAAUAUAUUAUGCAACAUAUGAAUGAAAAUAAUUCAUCAAAUCUAAGAAAUAUUAUAUCUAUGCAAAGAAGUAAUUUAGACAAUGAAGUUGAAAAUGGUACUAGUCUAAAUGGAAUUAGAUAA